AUGCAUCGCACGGCGAAGAGCUCGUCCACCUCCACUGUCGUCACCACGCGGCGCUUCACUCGCUUCGACUUUGACAUGGACACGAGCAGCGGCGGCCGCGCUGAAGAGCGGGCGCCGGACUACUCGUACUCCAUCAGCGACGGCCUCCUCACCUUCCUCUCGGUCAUGGCGCCGACGCUCGUGCUCAACCUCGCCUUCUCAGUGGCCGGCUUCGGCGAUGUGACCUACCUCUUCCUCGAAGACCUCAAAUACCCAUGGUACGCUGCAGCCGACGCCUGCCUGCUCCUCUGCCUCCUCCUCUGGAUGCUAGACGCUCAUCGAUGGACGAAAUCGUAUAUGGUGGUGGUCCGGCGGCUGUGCAUCGCGCUGGCGGUGCUGCUCGCCGCCGUCGCCUGCUCGCUGGCGACGCGCGUCUACCCAUUCGCACCGCUGCAGCUCGGCGUCUCCACGCCACGGCGUCUACUGCAGCAGGGCCGGCUGACUCCAGUCACGGUCGUUGAGAGUGUCGCCGUCGCCGCCGCGCUGAGCCUGACCUACUUUGCGCUGUGGGUGGCGGUGCUUCCCCCACCGGCGUCGCGGCUGCGCACCGGGUGGGACGAGGAGUGGCUCAACUUGUGGGGUGGGCCGGUCAAGGCGUACUGGGAGGGCAGGCUGGGCUGCGAGCCGUUCAACGCGACCGCCUCGUACAACGACAUCGACUGCUACGACGCCGCCUUCUGCUGGUUCUUCUUCCCGCUGCUGGUCGGGAUCUCGCUCGUCGUCUUUGCCGUGGUAUGCCGCUUCCUCGCGCGCGUGCUCGCCUCCGAGACCAACGCAGAGGCCGACGCCGCCGCCGUCAAGCUGUUUGUCGGCGCCAUCUCCGUCGCCGGGCUCGGCAUGUGCUCACUGGUACAGCUCGUUCGGACUGUGAUUGGUGUGGCUGUGCAGGCGCCAUCUCCGUCGCCGGGCUCGGCAUGUACGUCGCCGCCUCCAUCGCCGGCGCGGGGGAGACGGAGUGCGCUUGAGUACUACACCAGCUCCAUCUUAUGGCUGUGGCUUCUCCUCACAGGCGCGGGGAUGGGCCUCUCGCACAUCGUCUCGGUGGCGAUGCUCAACCUGGUCGCCGCCGCGCUCCUCCUCGUCGGAGGCACGCUGGGCUGGGAGACGUUCGCAAGAGCGAUGGCGGAGGCGGCGUGGGUGCAGCGCGGUCUGCGGUACAUCGAGAGCGGGUACGAGUGGUGCGUCGCCCUCGUCAUCUGUGUCGGAGUGCUGCCGCUGCUUGCGUACGCGCUGCUGCUCGCUGGCAAGCAGGCGACUCGGUGGCUGCGCGGCUCGAGCAAGGCGUCCCGCGGCGGCAUCGUCACCGCAGAGACGCAUGAGCGGUUGACGAAGCUGUCAGUGCACUGGGGCUCCGUCUGCAGCAAGGUCGCCCUCCUCUGCCAGGGCUACCUCUGCAUGUCGGUCGUGGUCGCCAAGUUUGUGGUUGUGUUUCUCUGCUGGCUGAGCGCGGUGCUCGCCGGGCUCCCCCUCGGCCUCGUGGGCAUCGUCCUGUUCCUCGUCCCGGUCAUCCCCGGCAUCCCCGUCUACGUGUGCUCCGGCGUGCUGCUCACUGGCGCGGUGAUGAGCGAGGAGGAGCUUGCAGACCCCACCCCGCACGCGCCGCCCUCGUACUGGCUCGGCGUCGCCCUCGCCGUGUCGGCGCGGUUCGUGCUCACGCAGCGCGGCUGCACCUUUGGCAAGACAGUCGUGCUCUGUGGAGGACCGGACUGGCCGACCUCCGUCCUGACAGGCACCUCCGACAAUCUCGGCAUCCUCGGCCUCUCCUGCCCCAAGAUGCUCUUCGGCUCCAUCCCGGUCGUCCUUCUCAUCCUCCCCUCCACCGCCAUGGGCAGCGCGCUCAUCAUGGCCAACCAGCCUCUCGCGAUGACGAUGGCGAUGCUCGCGACCCAGAUGGGCGCGUCGGUCGGGUUCGUCGCCGUCAUCGAACACGCAGCAACCGCCUACGAGGCGCAGAGUAUCCAAGAGUAG